ACUGGCCCUGCCUGAUCGGUAAAAAAUAGCGCUGAAACAACAAUUGGGCAUCUCGAGCGACCGUCAGGAGCAGACGAAUUUUUCUACAGGGUCCAAAGGAAAUAAACAGAUUUCCCAAUUCGUAUAAUUACGGCGGAUUCUGGACGAUUUUCAGUGUUUGACUACGUAACUUUUGGUUGGUGGCUUGAACUCAAGUAUCAGGGCCGACCACCGCCAACCAAUGGUAUAGUGUGUCCUCGCGAGAGCCGUCCGCCCGUCGACCGAAAGUGUCCGCAAGAGCCAAGCUAAAUAAAUGGAGAGCGAGAAGAUAUUGAUGGCUGCUGGUGUGACGGUAGCUGCCGUCGUAGGAGCCUUUGUACUCUGGGGACCAUCAGGUGCCCGGUUGCGUCAGCGUCGUGGCCAGAUCGCAGGGCUCCACAACUUCGGACGGACAUGCUUCCUCAAUACGCUUCUCCAGGCUCUAGCCGCGUGCCCGCAGUUCAUAGCCUGGCUGCAGCUCUAUAAUGGAGCAUCGCCGGAUCGGAAAAGCUUGAUCAGUUCCAUGCUGAACACCCUGGAGGUAAUUAAUGGUACUCAUACUACACUGCGUGGCGACCCGCACUCACCCGGCGCCGUUCUGCGGGCCCUUAACACCUUGGGCUGGGUCAUUCCACAAGAGGAGCAUGAUGCCCAUGAGUUGUUCCAUGUACUGCUGUCUUCGUUGGAGGAGGAGGCCAUUCGCCCACAGCCAUUGGGAUGUCUAUCUGAUGCGCUGCCCGGUCCCCCGGGCCAUGAUGACGAUAGCAGCAGCAGCAUUGGAAUCGAAACACCGGCUGGCGGCGGCUUCAGGCCGCUGAACUCUGUGGCCGUGGGCGUCGGUGCGAGCCAGCGGAUGGGGGAUCAACCGAAUCGCCCGUCCAGCGCUAUGCUCACUGAUUUUCUCAACAUGGACUACGACGAGUCGACCAAUCUGACGCGCCUGGUGCGCUCCGAGGCCCACACCCCCGACUCGCCGGCGUCGGUUUGCGAGCGCGAGGGAAACGAUCGAAUCGGAUCCCUGCUAGAUGCGAUCUCGCCUGGCACAUCGUUGAUGGGACAGCAGCCGUUCGGAUUUCCCCUCUGUAGCGAGGCCCUGGCUAUUGAUUCUCUGACCACGCCUACUGUGGGAGGUGGGGAGCGUUUGUCGCGCCCUCGCCAGCCACAGUCGCAGGAGGUGGGUGAGGGCCUCAAUAGGCGGGUGUCGGCAUCCUGCCGGUCGCUAGAGCGUCUGCAUCGUGGGCCCGGACGAGUAUCAAUCUGGUCCAACAUGAUGCCCAGCCAGGUGGCCCAUCCCUUCCAGGGAGCAAUGGGCGCCCAGCUUGUAUGCAACGGCUGCGGCUCCAAGUCCUCGGUGCGCUACGAUAAAUUUGAUAGCAUCAUCCUGAACUUGCCGACUCAGCGUCGCACCGGGUUGAGCUUGGGCCACCUUCUCAGCGAAUACAUUACGUCGGAGGACCUGAGCGACGUCAAGUGUGACUCGUGCAACGAGACCACCACACACACAAAGUCUGUAACGUUUGCCAAGCUUCCUGGCUGCCUGUGCAUCCAUAUAGCCCGAACCGUUUGGCUGCCCACGGGACAGGUGUGCAAGCGACGAGACUAUGUCCACUUUCCCGAGAGCCUAUCCAUGGCACCCUACAGCUUCGUUCAGCCUCACCUCAACAGCCAGGCCACCACACCCUGGGGGUCAACGAUGUCCCUAUUUUCUUCAAGCCUACCGAUGAACAAUGCCGUAGGUGGUGUCGAAGGAUUCGGCACGAUGUUCCCUAAGAAUCUGUACCGUCUGCUGGCCGUGGUGGUGCACACGGGCGAGGCCAAUAGCGGACACUUUGUCACCUAUCGGCGUGGCUCGCUUAGGAAUGCCCAUCGAUGGUUCUACACAUCGGACACGAUUGUGCGCGAGGUGACCAUCGACGAGGUGCUCAGUGUGCCGGCGUACCUUCUGUUCUAUGAUCGAGGACAGCAGCGCCCAAUGCGCUAGUCAACCCAUGGUACGGCGGUCAUAGGGAUCGGAAUCGGAAUCGGGAUAUAUAUGUACAUAUAUUCGUAUGUACUUGGCCUAGUCAAUCACUCAGCCAAACACACAAGCUUGAUGUGAUGGAAAACCAAAUCCAAAUGAUAAAAACACCCAAAAACCAUAACAGUGUACAUACAUAUUCGCGGUUAUAGUAUUCGCGAGUAUAGUAUGUAUGUAUAUACCCAAACUGUAUACUCAUUAAGGAAUAGUAUCAACAUGGUCUCUGUAUCUCUGGCUCAUCCUGGAACUACUCCACACUUCGAUUGGUAUCGAUGCAUUUAACAAUAACAAUUCGUAAUGUGCUUUUAGCUGUCUAUGUUUAGCAAUAGAAAACACCACACAAACACACCACAUACACACACACACACACACACACACACACACACAUAAGUCAACCAAUAAUUGUUGGAGUUAUUUCCAUAGGAUAAAUGUUCAAUAAAAAUUUGAAAAAAUAUCGCGA